AUGAAGUACGAUUCGCUCACCGUCCAAAAUACCUUUGAGCUCGGCGCGGUAGAUCCAUCUACCCUGAUUGCAAAGCGGCUUGACAAAGUCGCUAGACAGGCAAAUGUGGUACCUGGGGACAACGUCAGCGAGGUGGCUCAUAACCUUGCUCGGAGGGACAUGAAUCCGGAAAACAUGCUGGAGGGGCUUCUUGGAGACUCCUCCAGUUCCUCCAUGGUUCCGACCGGAACCCCUUCUGCAAACUAUUCGUUUAGCAAGCAGCGACAUUUGGCAACUCCAACUCCAACUACAAGCCCAACAUCGACACCGAUACCUUCCUCUUCCUCUUCUUCUUCCGCCAAUCCACUGGCAAUAUUGGAGGGCCUUCUAGGUGCCAGGGAUGCGACUUCAGAGAUGGGGGAGUUUCCGAAAUUCUUCGAUACCACCGGGCCAACACCAGUCCGGAUGGAUGGCGUCGCUCCUGGGCCUCCAGGUGGUAGGCCCAUGGAAAAGCGUCGGGGUAAGGAUGUGGGAGCAAAUGACAGCCCAGAACCAACCACAUUGGAGAAACGUCUUGCACCAACUCAAGUUGUUUGA